AUGCUCCUUUGUAGAACCAGAAAUGCUGUUCUCAAACCCUCUGUUUCCUUUCUUCUUCAUUUUUACUCUUCAUAUUCCAAGAAAAACAAAACUAACCCUAAUUUCACAAACCCUAAAACCCUUUCCCCCAAAUCACUUCAGCCCAAUUCCUCCAAACCUUCAAUUCCGCGUCUUUUACCUAAUACAACGCUUUACUCGUUGCUCACUGACCUCGUUUCUUGCCCUACUGACACUGACACUGCCAUUGACAGUGUUUUGGAUUCUUACAAAGGAGAGUUAACCUCCAACCUCGUUCUUAGUGUCUUGAAGAGUUACAAUCACUUGGGUAGAACCAAAACUUUGAAAUUUUUCUCAUGGGCUGGGGAAAAAAUGGACUUUCAAUUUGAUGAUGCUGUGAUUGAGUACAUGGUUGAUUUCUUUGGUAGAAGGAAACUCUUUGAUGAUAUUAAGUGUUUGUUAAUGACAAUUGUUGCUCGUAAGGGUCAAGUUUCGUAUAAGGCGUUGUCGAUUUGUAUUAGGUUUUUGGGUAGAGAAGGGAGAAUCAAUGAAGUGUUGUCAUUGUUUGAUGAAAUGGAAAGUGUGUUUGGGUGUAAACCUGAUAAUCUUGUGUGUAACAAUGUGCUUUAUGUGUUGUGUAAGAAGCAAUCUUCCGUGGAGAUGAUUGAUCUUGCACUUUCGAUUUUUGAUAAGAUUGAAUCUCCGGAUAGUUUUUCUUGUAGUAACAUGAUUGUUGGUUUGUGUAGACUUGGUAGAUUCGACGCAGCUCUUGAGAUUUUCCGCAAAAUGGAUAAGGUUGGUGUGCAUCCAACUCGUUCUGCGAUGAAUGUUCUCAUUGGGGAGCUUUGUUUGUUGAGUUCAAAAGAAGGGUCUCUUGAGAAAGUGAAAGUGACGAAUACCCGUAGACCGUAUAAUAUUUUAGUUCCUAACAUGGGCGGAAAUCGUGCUGCAAUUCAGCCUGCUGUUGAAGUGUUUUUCACAGUUGUUAAAUCUGGCUUGUUGCCUAGUACUUUUGUUGUGUUUAAGCUUAUGUCAGAGCUUUGUCGCUUGGGUAACACCGAAGAAGCCGUUAAAGUGUUGAAGAUUGUUGAGGAGAGGAAGCUAACUUGUGUUCAAGAGGGAUACUCAAUUGUUAUGAAGGCGUUGUGUGAUCAUCGCAGAGUGGAGGAAGCCGGUAGUUUGUUUGGGAGAAUGUUGGAGACCGGCGUAAAGCCGAAGUUAGUUGUUUACAAUUCUGUUAUAUCGAUGUUGUGCAAAUUAGGUGAUUUAGACAACGCGCACGGUGUAUUUGAAAUCAUGAACAAGAAUAGAUGUUUUCCCGAUAGUUUAACUUACAUUGCUUUGAUCCAUGCUCAUUGCGAGUUUAAGAAUUGGAAAAUUGCUUAUGAAUUGUUAGUGGAAAUGUUGGGUUUGGGAUGGAUUCCACAUUUUCAUACUUACAAUUUGGUAGAUAGUCUUUUGCGAGAACAUGAUCAGUUGAAUCUGUGCCUUAAAAUGGAAAGGAAAUUGGAGAAUCAGAAGUUGCUGAAGUUGUGUAAGGAAGGUCAACUAGAUGAUGCUUAUGAGAAAGUAAAAUCAAUGCUUGAAAAAGGUGUUUAUUUAUCAGCUUAUGCUAGAGACACAUUUAAGCUUGAGUUUCAAAAGAGUGGUAAGUUAGAAAUAGCACAUGAGUUACUGGAAAAUGCUCAGAGAGUUUAG